AUGGCGUCUUCUCGUGUUGUUGAAUUUCCUCGCGACGAAUUGCAAUAUAUAAUGCAUUCGGUAUCCUCUCCCAUUUGCACAAUUGAUUUGGAAAAUAGAAAAGUAGAACGUGCCAUCUUGACAAUAUUCGUCAAAGUUCCACCUAAGUUCUAUGUUGCCAUCUGGUCCGAGAAACGGGCAAUAGUCGGCAUGAUCCCGGGCACAUCUUCCAGCAUGCAAUACGAUACGUUCGACCUGGACAAAUUUCUUGAGGAGGCAAACAGAUAUCUUGAUUCUGGCCAAGAGCAUACUAUGAUCAUUGUUCGUACAAGCAAAACUUCGGAGGUGAAUGCCAUUCACUGGGAUACUUUCUUUCAUCACAUAGCGACGCAACGGAAGGAAGACAAAAUUGAGAUCAUACUGCAUGACCCAGAAAUAGUUAAUAACCCCCGAAAAAACACUUUGGAUGAACCGGACAGCGAUGAUUUUAUCGCAUUGUUGUUCUGGGGCGUCACAUUGAAGAUAAGCCUAGGGAAGGUAAUCAAUGAUACCAAACUUAUGGAUGAUUCUGUUAAAACUCUAACCUACGGAAAAAGAGACACCGAUAUCAUUUUACCAUCAGAGGAAGAUGAUAAAAAAGGUAUGCGUGGAAUUUCCCGUGGGGAGUAUAUCCCAGUUUCACUCAAAGACGAAGCUGCACCGAUGGAAACAUCUCAUUGCUGCAUGGAUGGAUAUCUGAUAAGGGAAAUGACCACACUUGAUGAUGUGGUUUUUUUCAUAGCAGGAGAAAAUUCCUGUGUCUUCCGAAUUCCAAUCGAAUGGACAAUCGAUGAGAUAAUAAAGACACUCCGGAAGCUCACGAGAUUCUGCUUCUCCUCUACGAGUCCUACCGACAAGAAUGCCGGGGUUUUGUGUUGCCACCCCAAACAUCUAAGUGAGGAAGGCGCAAAACGAGGUGCGGAUCGCGCCAAAGCCAUAAAAGACACGACAAAACUAUGUGUUCAUGAGGACAGGUGGGACAAAUCUGAAUACCUCAUAAAGGGCAUCUCGUGUAUUGUACUCACUCCAGAUCCAAGUUACCCUACAUUUACUGUAGAGCAGUUUAAUUAG